AUGGACCCGCCCGAGGAGGUGCGGGCGCGACUGGAGCGGUGUGGACAGAGCCAUGUGCUGCAGUUCUGGACCGAGCUGGACACGGCGCAGCGCGGAGCGCUGCUGGCGGCGCUGCCGCCGGGGCUGGGCGAGCACUGCCGGCUAGCGGCGGCGGCCGGGGCCCGCCAGCGCGGCCCGCCCGAGCGCCUGGACGGCCGGAUGGAGCCGCUCCCCGCCGAUCUGCUGGGCAGCGCCCGCCGCAGCGGCCCCGCCGCGCUGCAGCGUUGGGAGGCGGAAGGUUUACAUCAGAUCUCACAGAACAAGGUGGCAGUGAUGCUCCUGGCUGGAGGACAAGGAACCCGCCUGGGAGUCAGCUAUCCCAAGGGCAUGUACAACGUGGGGUUGCCCAGUGGCAAGACCUUGUAUCAGAUCCAAGCAGAAAGAAUCCGCAAAGUGGAGCAGCUAGCUGGCCACAGACACCACUGCAGGUGUGCCAUUCCCUGGUACAUCAUGACAAGUGAGUUCACACUGGGGCCAACAGAAGAGUUUUUUGUACAACACAACUACUUCAACUUGGACAGAUGCAAUGUUGUCAUGUUUGAACAGAGGAUGCUGCCUGCUGUCACCUUUGAUGGGAAGGCCAUCUUGGAGGAGAAAGGGAGAAUUGCCAUGGCUCCAGAUGGCAAUGGUGGCUUAUACCGUGCUUUGAUGGAUAGUAAGAUCUUGGAUGACAUGAAGCAGCGUGGAAUCCAGUAUGUCCAUGUAUAUUGUGUGGACAAUAUCCUCGUGAAAAUGGCAGAUCCAGUCUUCAUAGGUUUCUGUAUUUCCAAAGGGGCAGACUGCGGUGCAAAGGUAGUGGAGAAGGCGUACCCCACGGAGCCUGUUGGGGUGGUAUGCUGUGUGGAUGGGGUGUACCAGGUGGUGGAGUACAGCGAGAUCAGCCCGGAGACUGCACAGCAGCAGUUCCCUGAUGGGGGACUGAUGUUCAGUGCUGGCAACAUCUGUAACCACUUCUUCACAGUUGAGUUCCUGGAAAUAGUGGCCCAGAAAUGGGAGUCACAGCUGAAGCAUCAUGUAGCCAUAAAGAAGGUGCCCUACAUUGACAAGGAGGGAAAUCUGGUAAAACCACUAAAACCGAACGGGAUAAAGCUGGAGAAGUUUGUGUUUGAUGUGUUCCAGUUCUCUAAGAAUUUUGUGGCAUUUGAAGUUCUGAGAGAAGAGGAGUUCGCACCACUAAAAAAUGCAGACACAGCCGACAAAGAUACUCCUACCACUGCUCGGCAAGCCCUCCUGGCCCAACAUUACCGCUGGGCUCUCAAGGCUGGGGCCAAAUUUGUGGAUAAAAAUGGUUGCAGGAUACCAGAAAAAUUCAGUCUCUCAGGAACUGAAGAUCCUCCAGCUGUGUGUGAGAUUUCUCCAUUAGUGUCUUACUUUGGAGAGGGUCUGGAGGUGUACAUGAAGAACAAAGAGUUCCCUUCUCCCUUUGUACUUGAUGAAAACAAAGUGGAAAUGCUGGAAUAUUCUUGAAGUGGGAAGCCUUUCCCUCUCAAAUCAGAUCCAUUGUAAGAACUGACAGUACUAAAAUGUCAGCUAUGAAGUGCAUUAUAGAAAAUUUUUUUUUGCAGUUUCUGAUUAAUGCUAAAUCCUUGCAGCAGUUGCAAUUACACACAUGCAAGCUCCCCAGUUCUGGUUGGUAACUUUGAAGGUGGUGUGUUUUACGUCAGUCUAUUUUGUAUACUUGGAUGUGAGUGUGGAUUAACACUUUAUGGGUGCUAAACAGAUCCUACAUUUCUUAUUUACUGUUGUAUAUGAAUAUGGAAAAGAUCCAGUCAAGGCCUUAUAAAUCAGCUUGGCCUUCAAGAAGAUACAAUUUCUUCUGUGCCUUCUUAGGUUUGUGUUGUUGUGGUUGUGUUUUUUUUGUUUUGUUUUGUUUUUUUCUAAAUCAUGUGCACAGCUGCAGUCAGUUUGAAGUCCCAUCCUGAAAAUUAUGGAAGGACUUCGGAUACUGAGGUUUUCUCUCCAGCCAUUAUUUUUUUCCCUAAUCAUGUGCUGAUUAGAAGAUCCAACUUAGCAAUUGCAUCCUCUAAGUAGAUCAUACAGGGUAUGCUGUAUGUAGAGAUGUUGCUGUGCCUAAGCAUUGCUUGAAGCUUGGAGUCCAAAGUAGAACAGAGUAGUUUUCUAUGUGGGCUUGCUGGUGCCAUGUCUAGACUGAUAGUUCCUUACAGUUGUAGUAACUUGGGAUUUUUUAAUUAAAAAAAAGAGAUAAUAUUUUUACAACCCUCUGCCCUUCCUGACUAUAACAGUUUUCCUUUCCGUUUCCUAUUUCAUAUGUACUAUAUCCCUCAGACAAGGCUCUCUUGAGGUAUCUGAAAAUAGUAAGAGAAACAAAUCCCAGUGGGAGAAUUUAGUGCCUAACCAAAGCAAAAAAAAAAAAAAAAAAAACCA